CCAUACCACAUUUUCUCGCAGAAGCAAAAGUGGUUCGUCAUCGCCAUUAUUGGUGUCGCUGGACUAUUUUCUGGACUGUCGUCCAACAUCUUCUUCCCAUCCUUGGAUGCCAUUGCAAAGGAUCUCAAUGUCAGCUUGAAUAUGGUCUCCUUGACCAUCACAUCCUACCUCAUCAUUCAAGGCAUCUCUCCCUUGUUCUGGGGCUCAAUUUCCGAUGCGCUGGGCCGCCGUCCUAUAUACAUCGCAUCCUUUGCCGUCUAUAUUGUCGCCAACAUCGCCCUCAGUUUCUCCCCGAACUUUGCGGUCCUCCUCAUCUUCCGAGGACUUCAGGCAGCAGGCAGUGCCUCUACAGUGAGCAUCGGUAACGGAGUCAUUCAAGACAUUACCCCACCAGCAGAGAGAGGAGCCUUCAUCAGCUUCUACAAAGUAGUCCGCAACUUUAGUAUCGCAAUCGGCCCCGUCCUCGGUGGUAUUCUAAGCAACUUUUUCGGUUUUCGCUCCAUCUUCAUCUUCCUCCUCAUUCUUUCAUCGAUUACCACACUUGUAAUCAUCGUUUUCCUCCCUGAAACCAUGCGAACCAUCGCUGGAAAUGGAACACUACGUCUUCAAGGAGUCUACAAACCUUUGAUUCAGAGAUUCAGAAAGGAACCCGAGUAUAUGCAGGACCCGGAAGAGAGGACCCCAAAGAAAAUAACCCUCAGCACAUUUACCGAGCCACUGAAACUGCUCAUUCAGAAGGACAUACUCAUCAACUUGAUCUUCGGUGGAGUUGUCUAUACCAUCUGGAGCAUGGUAACAUCCAGCACGACCGGACUAUUCAAAGAAAAGUUCAACCUCAGCGAGCUUCAAGUCGGCCUAGCAUUUUUACCUAAUGGCUUCGGCACGAUUGUAGGCUCCUCGAUCGCCGGCAAGUACUUGACAAAAGACUACCUUGCUACCGAAUCGGCCUACAAAACAACCCAUAACAUCACCUCCCCACUCUCUUCAAAGUCCCUACCUGUCGAUUUCCCCAUUGAACACGCUCGCCUCCGUCGCCUGCCUCUCUUCACGUCAGUGUUCAUUCUCUCGACAUCAACCUACGGCCUCUCCCUCAGCACGCCCCUCACCAGCCUCCCAGGCUGGAUUGCCGUCCCCCUUACCCUGCAAUUUUUUAUUGCAGCAACGAGCAACGGCAUCUUCUCCCUCAACCAGACUCUAGUCUCUGAUCUCUGUCCUGGGAAAGGCGCCAGCGCUUCGGCAAUGAAUAAUCUUGUACGAUGCAGUCUCGGCGCCGUCGGCGUAGCGUUUAUAGAGCCAAUGCUUGCGGCGGUUGGUCCCGGAGCGACCUUUUUGGGCUUGGGCAUGAUAAUUGUUGCGGUUGGACCGUUGGCAGUCGUCCAUUGGUUCUGGGGCGCUCAGUGGAGGGUGGAGAGAACGACGGCUAAAAUAGAGGCCGAGAAAGAGAAAAGCGAGUCUGGUGCAUUGAAGGUAUAGACAUUUGUUUGUGAUAUAGAACGUGUUUAUUAGAGUUUUAGAG